UUCCUAUCCAUCAUCAUGUCCAGUACGCGAAAAGUUUUCCUGGGAAUUUUACCAAUUUCUUGGAUUUUGGUAAUUUGUCAAACAACUUUGCCAGUUUUGGGAGACGAUCCCUGCUUCGACCACGGUCCGGACAAUGUGACUGGAAAUUAUGCAAUUUGCAUCGAUAGAGAAUCCUGUCCCUCAGAACCUAUCGCAGUUGACGCGUGUCCAUCUUACCCAACAAAUUAUGCAUGCUGUUAUCAUAGAAAUUUCCCCGGCCGGGAACAUCGCGGGACUUGGAUUGCCACAGUUAAUAAUAUGGACUGGCCUCGGUCUGCAAGUUCUAACGUCUCUACUCAACAAAACGAAUUGAGAGAGCUACUCGAUAAGAUUGCUCAAGCUGGAUUGAACGCGGUUUAUUUUCAGGUGCGGCCCGCUGGCGACGCACUUUAUAUAUCCGACCUGGAACCGUGGAGCAUAUAUUUAACCGGGGACCCACAAGGAACCCAACCCAGCCCAGUAUGGGACCCUCUCCAAUUUGUGAUCGAUUACUGUAAACCACUCAACAUUGAGGUGCACGCUUGGAUAAAUCCAUACCGUGCCAGAUUCGGAACUCCUUCCAGUGCCGGGCUACACCCUAACCAUAUGGCCGUCCAGUUCCCGAGGUGUGCAUAUCCGUACGAUAUUUAUUUGUGGAUGGAUCCCGGUUGUGGAGAAGUGGAGGACAGAACGGUCAAUGUGGCGCGAGAUUUGGUCACUCGAUACGACUUGGAUGGCCUUCAUAUGGACGACUAUUUUUAUCCUUAUCCUGUUUCAGGUAUUCCAUUUCCCGACGACAUCACCUACAACGAGUACCUCUCAUCCGGCGGGGGGCUACCCAAACCUGACUGGCGCCGUGAAAACGUCAACCGCCUCGUGCAGCGACUAAACGUUGAACUACACGAGAUCAAACCAUGGAUCCGCUUUUCCGUCUCACCUUUCGGUCUGUUUCGAGCCGGGCAUCCCGACGGCAUGCCAAGUCCUCCCAUCGUCCAAGGCCUCGACCAGUACGCCGAGAUUUAUUGCGAUGCCAAACUCUGGCUCAAGGAGGGUUGGGUUGACAUCAUGCAGCCCCAGUUGUACUGGCGAAUUGCACCCGCUAUCCAGUCCUACCCGAUUUUAUUAGAUUGGUGGGUCGGUGCUGGACAAAAUCCGAAGGGGAGACACGUCUACGCAGGGAAUUACCUGAGUCGCGUAGACCUCCAGAAUUGGCCGAUAGACGAAAUUCGAAACCAGGUCGAGAUAUCCCGCGAACCCGUAAACCGCCUUCGAGGAUCUUGGGGCAAUGUGCACUUCAGUUCAGCCAUGUUCCGGGAUGAUUUCGGUGGAUAUUUGAUUUCAUAUUUCGCCAAUAUGAUCUAUCCCGAACCCGCGUUGCAACCCGCUUAUCCAUGGCUGGCGAAUGCCACGUAUGCAAGGGUGGAGACUAUGCAGCCAUUAAUUACAAUCGAUGACAAGGUCAACAUCCUUGUCGAAAAUGGGUCAUCCAUGAAGGGAAUCGUGCACAAAAUUGUGAUCUACAAAGAGAGUCAAGUUGGUUGGAACAUAGUCAAAAUACUUGACGCAGGAUAUUUUGAUGGGUCCAUUAAGCUCCUCGGUUUAGAAAAAGGACAUUUUUCUGCCCAUUUUAUCAACCGUUUUGGCCAAGAAAGCAGAAAAACGUUCUUCAAAAUAUUGUAGGAACUUUCUCGCCUAAAUUUUUGAAGAUUUUUUUUUCAUCUCGCAAAAUUAAUAGAAUAGGUAACCAUUAUUAAAAUCCGGUUCAAUAAUUGGUUUAAUUCAAAUCGAUAUCCCAAAUGUGAACAUUGAACAAUAAAUCAUGCUUAGAAGACA